AUGUACUUACCCAGCUCGAUCAGAAAUCGUCGCUACGCUGAAUGGGCUAUUGAACUGACCAGAUCAAAUUCUGCAGAGAAGAUGGAAGAGCAGGGACAAGGAGGAGUGUUUCUCAGAGGACUCGGUUUGAGCACCAUCGCUUUUGAUAGCGGCAGUCAAUCCAUCACAGAGAUUCAAAUGCCGACAGAGGAUCUGCUCAUCAUUGUCGUUACUGUCGCUCUCUUCAGUGGAGGCGUUAUUUAUUUCUGUCUCAAUUUGGCAAAGAUAUUUCCAAAAUAA